CUUGAAACGACCAGAUCUUUUUUGUAUCUUUGCGAUGGGCAACUCGGUCUGCGGCUGCGGCCGCGUCCCGCCGCCGAGCGACGACGCCAUGGAUGCGCUCUUCGCGCCGAGUCCGCGCAAGGAGUACGUGCCGCCGUCGACGUCGACGAUGACGCGCACGCUGCUCAAGGUGCCACCGCCGACCAAGCCGGCGCGCCCAGCCUCGGCCAAAGUCAAAGACACAACGCCCGCCAAGCCAAAAGCGAGCACCAAGCUUGUGGAAGUCAAGGAGGAAGAGGCGCCGGCGCCACGACAGCACGCAGCCAGCGACCCGACGCCGACACACCACCCUUCUUCGCAUCACCAUCACCACCACCACACGCCGCAUCCGCCCCCAGAAAAAGACCCCGGCAAUGCGCUUGCGAUCCGUCUCCUGGAAGAAGAGGAUAUCCUGUCCAGCACCAGCUUGGAGCGCGAUGGCAGUGCGACCAGCCACGACGACUCGUCCAAGUCGCUCGAGUCGACCGCGUCCACCGCAAGCCUCGUGUCACCGCGCGACACCUUGUCGCCGACCACUUCCGACAAUAGCUCGCACGGCAACAGCCGCAAGUCCAAGAAGAAAGCCAAGUACGGGCGCGCCAACUACCGCGCGGGCUCAAGCAAGGGCCCGCGCCACCACGCGUCAACCUAAGAUCUACGACGUACACGUGUUGUGCAAAUGAAAUCAAAAUUGGUGUUGUACUCUUAUGCCUA